GCCGAGACUGUGCUUUCAAUCGCUGCCGCUAGCCUGGCCGCGCACGGCGAUUUUUAUUGCACUGCUCUCACGCUCAGUGCAGCUUGCUCUCUGUGCAGUGCGACGCGCAGCCGUCUAGCUGAGCUAUAAUAUUCCAUAUUCGUGCUCCGGUGAUACAUGACCAUGCGUGAGACGCGAGGCGCUUGACCACAACCUAGCGCAGCGGCGACAAAACGAUGCGUGUGACCACCGCCCACCUCGGCACCGGGGCGGCCGUCGGCGCGCUGUACCUAUGGCUGCGUCGAUGGAAGAAAAAACGACGGCCAGUCUGUCGCGUCGACGGCUGCGACGUCUACGUCGUCGACGCGAAAGAUGCGGACGACGUCAUCGACCGGCUCGAGGGCGACGUCUUGGGCGUCGACGUCGAGUGGCCGUCGCAACGAAAACCGCGCUGCGCCGUGCUGCAGAUCGCAUCGAAGGAUGCCUGCGUCGUCAUCAGAGUAGGCUCUGCGACGUGCCUGCCGCCGCGCACGACGCUACGACUGAAGCGUUCCAUCUGCGUCGGCGUCGGCAUCCGCGAGGACUGCCAACUUAUCCUGCGCGACGUCGGGUGUGCGUGCGUGCGGCAGGUUGACUUGAGGACGCUCGCGAAUCAACGCGACGCGGGUCUGGCGUCGCUCGCGGCCGAGUUCGCGCCGUCGUGUUCGCUGCCGCACAAACGCGACGCGAGCGUCCGGCGGAGCGACUGGUCUGCUGACCCGUUGACGCCUUCUCAAAUAGAAUACGCCGCCGGCGACGCCAUCGCAUCUUACAAAGUGGCGGUCGGCCUCUGCGGGAGCGCGCCUCUGGGCGAGUGGCUCCGCGCGGCGCCCGUCGUUGCUGCAGCGGCGAAGCCGCGGCCGAAACCCUCAGCAACAACACAAAACGACGCGCGCGCCCUCCACAAGCAGGCGCGCCGCCGCCGCUACGAGGCCUGGCACGCGGAGCACGCCAAGAGCCACCACUACGACAAUAUUCCGUUGGUGUCGAAAAGCGGGCGGCUCCUCGGCCUCGUGGCCAAGGGCAAGGCGGACUGGUACUGCGACCGCGGGCUGGGGGCACGGGACGACCAAGGGCGCGUCGUCCUCGACUACGACCCUGAAAUUGUGGACGACGACCGCUGCAUUACGUCUCCUCGUAAAAACGAGUGCGUCGGCUGCGGGAAUGAGCAGCACCUGACGCGGUUCUACGUCGUCCCGUAUCGGUUUCGCCGCUGCUUCCCCGAGGCCUUCAAGCAGCACGCGUCGCACGACGUCGUCGCGCUCUGUUUGCGGUGCCGCGACGUCGUCGAGCCGGCCUAUCGGUUGCGGAGCCGCGCGCUCGAGGCGUCGCUCGGGCCGGCGCCGGCGCCGGCAGUAGAUCAGGAGGCGGCCUUGCGGCUGCGGGCGCUUGGGGCCGCGAAGACGCUCGUCCGCGACCAGGGACGGAUCCCGGCCGACCGGCGCGAGUAUCUGAGGGAGAUCGUCGCCGCGGCGUAUCCAGGCCGGGCCGUCGAGGAUGUUGCUGCGCUUAAGCCGCCGGCCAAGGUCCGCUCGAAAGUGUCGGUCGACGACGAUUCCCUGGAAGCGCGGUGCCUGCGGCGAAUUACGCGCGAGGCGAAGGGCGACCUUGCGGCGAAAAUUUUAGAAUUCGAGGUCGCGUGGAGGAGGUGCUUCGUGGACAGUCUGCAGCCUUCCCAUCUGCCCGAGGGGUGGAAGGUGGACCAUACGAUCGUGCCCCGGGCGCGACCGCCGCCGUCGACGCUCGUGUGCCGCGCGCACCUGAAGGGGAGGUGUACGUGGGGGAGUGCGUGCAAGUAUCGGCACGAGUAG